AUGAGUAAAUAUACAAAAAUGCUGUUGUCGCUGCUUGCAAUCUGCCUAGCAGUUGCUAGUUGUAGAUAAAAUACAUGUAAUAAAUACACUGACGUAUAUGCUCCUAAUAAUAAUUUAUACACCGGGUACUUAGAUGUAGGAUUUAAUGAUAAUAUUACUGGUUUAGGCUUUUUGUUUUACACAAAGUUCAAUGCUACUACUCCAGAAGAAAUUGCAGCUGCACCAACUCUCAUUUGGUUGAAUGGUGGUCCAGGUUCAAGCAGUAUGGAAGGAGCUUUCUUUGAAAAUGGCCCUUACAGAGUAUUAAAUAUCAGCAAUUAGAUGGUUGUUGAAUAGAAUGAAAAUGCAUGGACUAAAAACUAUAAUGUUCUUUUUAUUGAUUAACCUAUUGGUGUCGGCUUUUCUCGUUCUGCUAAAGACGAAUAUCUUCCAGUUAAUGAAACUUAAGUCGCAGAAUAAUUUUACAAAGGUCUUCUUAACUUUUAUACUUCUGGUUGCUAUAGUGAUAGUAUAUAUCAUAAGUCUCCAUUGUUUAUUACUGGUGAAAGCUAUUGCGGAAAGUAUAUCCCUAAUAUCGCCACUGAAAUUCUUAAACAAAACAAUUAAACAGAUGUUACAGGAAAUGUAAAAAUUCCUCUUAAAGGUAUUUCAAUUGGUGAUCCUUUAUUAGACCCUUAGCAUUAGCUUUAUUUCCUAGGACAAUAUGGUAUUGAAAAUAAUCUCAUUUCAUACAGCACAUAUUUCUAAGUAAACAAUAUUCUAACAAGAAUGAAACAACAUUUUGAUCUAAAUAUGUACGAAGAAGCCGCAGACGAUUACGACGAAGCUAUGGAAACUUUCAUGAGUAAGGCAUUCACCGAGUUAGAAAAUCCUUAUAACUAUAAUAUAGGUCCUUAUCCUGACUAGUACGUUAAACAUUUCUGCUAAACCUAUAUUUAAAACUUUGGAUUCGAUAAAGACCAUGUAUAUGACAGUACAAGUGCAAAAAUUUCUAACUCUCUAAAGCAUGACGUCUUUGUUCCUAAUGGUAUUCCUGCCCUUGUUAAUGUUCUUGAAUAAAAUUUACCAGUUAUUAUUUACAACGGUAAUUAUGAUAUUUAAGUUAACACCCCAGGUAUUUCUUAUGCAGUUAAUAAUUUUGAAUGGUAUGGAAAAUAAGUAUUCUCAGCAUUACCUAUGUAAGAUCUCCAUAUGCCAGAUGAAUAAGGCAACUAAGAAGUUAUUGGAUCAAUUAAGGUAUAUGAUAAGUUCAUAUAUGCCCUUAUUAAUGCUGCUGGUCACUUAGCUCCUUACGAUUAACCUGAACGUGUGGGCUACAUAAUCGAUAAUUUUGUAAAUAAGACUCUCAAUAAACAUACUACUAAUUAAUUUAGAAGUUUUAAUAAAUUUGCUGUUGAAUAUUGA